CCAAGAUGGCGGCGCCCGUGGCCGCGUGAGUCGCCGCGGAGGAAGAGGUUCGGCAGUCGGUUCGCCAUGACGGCGGCGGAGAAGGGCUCGGCGCGGACGGUGCUGGUGCGCGGCCUGUCCGCCUCGGCCCGCGGGCCGGACCUGGAGCGCGAGUUCGGGCGGGCAGGGCCGGUGCGGCGGGCGGUGGCCGUCACGGAGCCCGGUGGAGAGUCCUGCCGUGGCUUUGGCUUCGUCACCUUCUCCUUGGCCGAGGAUGCUCAGAGGGCCAUCCGAGAGAUCACCACCUUUGCAGGCCGUAAGAUCAGCGCGAUUCUCGCAAAGCCGAAGGCAAGGCAGAAGGAGAAGAAGAAGAAAGGGGGUGCUGCAGAAACCCCCCAGAAAGAGCAAAAGCCAAAGAAGCCAAGAGGAGCCUCUAAAAAGGCCCGGCUGAUCAUUCGCAACUUGAGCUUUAAGUGCACGGAAGAGGACCUGAAGGCAACGUUUGCUCCGUUCGGCACCGUCCUGGAAGCCUCUCUCCCCAGGAAGCCAGACGGGAAAAUGCGUGGCUUUGCCUUUGUGCAGUUCAAGAACGUCCUGGAAGCAGGGAAGGCUCUGAAGGGAAUGAACAUGAAGGAGAUUAAAGACCGCCCUGUGGCUGUGGACUGGGCUGUGCCCAGGGAGAAGUACCAGGCAGCGGUGCAGGCUGCGGCGUCGCAACCCGGGACGUCCCAGAAAAAGACCCCCGAGGCCGUGCAGGAGGACACAGUCGGCGACAAGGGUGACCACAGCAGUGCAGCGGAGGAGGAGGAGGAGGAAGAAGUGGAGUUGGCUGAGCCCGUGGGGCGGGGCAGGUACUUUGAAUGCCGAAUUCCCCCAGCGGAGAGCUCGGAGGAGGAGGAGGCGGCACAGGAGGAGGAGGAGGAGGAGUCCGGCCCUGCAGGGAGUUCCGAUGGAGAAGCGGGUGACGGUGAAGAGGAGGAAGAGGGCGGCGACUCCGAGGAGGGAGGAAGAGGCGCUGAGGCCCCCGCCAAGCCGAAGAAGAGGCAGCCGCGCCAGUCAGACGUGUCCGAGGGCAGAACCAUCUUCAUCAGGAACCUGUCUUUCGAGACGGAAGAGGAGGAGCUCGGGGAGCUGCUGGAGCAGUUUGGGGAGCUGAAGUACGUGCGGGUCGUGCUGCACCCGGACACGGAGCACUCCAAAGGCUGCGCCUUUGCCCAGUUCCUGACGCAGGACGCUGCCCAGAAAUGUCUCCAGGCUGCCGAGGAGGAGAGCGAGGGCGGAGGGCUGCGUCUCGGGGGCCGCCGCCUCCGGGUGGAUCUGGCCGUGAGCCGCGAGGAAGCCCAGCAGCUGCGAAGCAAGAAGGUGAAGAAGCCCACCGGCACCCGGAACCUCUACCUGGCGCGGGAAGGCCUGAUCCGUGCGGGCACCCAGGCCGCGGAAGGCGUGAGUGCGACCGACUUAGCCAAGAGGGCGUGGUUUGAGGAGCUGAAGCACCAGAAGCUGAAGGAUCAGAACAUCUUUGUCUCCCGCACCCGGCUCUGCGUCCACAACCUGCCCAAGAGUGUCGACGAUGCCCGGCUCCGGAAGCUGAUGCUGCAGAUCCUCGAUGGGACGCCCGGCGUGCGGAUCAAGGAGUGCCGGGUGAUGCGGGACCGGAAGGCCCCCGCCGGGAAGGGCCAGGGCCAGUCCCUGGGCUACGCCUUCGUGGAGUUCCAGGAGCACGACCACGCCCUGGCGGCCCUGCGCCGGGUCAACAACAACCCCCAGCUCUUUGGGGACCAGAAGAGGCCCAUUGUGGAGUUCUCCCUGGAGGAUCGGCGGAAGCUGAAGCUGAAGGAGCAGCGAGCUCAACACAGUCUGCAAAAACUGAGGCAGAAGCAGGCCUCCACGGGGCGGAAGGCUGGCACUGCCAAGGCAGGCCCCCCAGCUAAGGCAGCCCCGGGAGCCCAAGAGCAGAAGCAGUCCUUGGAUCCAAAAGGCGGGGCACCCAAGGGCCCGCCCAGGAAGCCAGCCAAGAGGCGCAGGGGGGCCCCGGCCCCACCGACAGGCCCUGCAAGAGGCCCCCUCCCCUGGUCCGGGUUCCAGACUCAGGCGGAGGUGGAGCACGUGGAGCUGCCCAGCGGCAAGAAGCGGCGGAAGGUCCUGCCUCUUCCCUCCCACCGCGGCCCCAAGAUCAGGUAG